UCGGACGUCCUCGGCAUGCACAACAUCACCACUGUGAUCAAGUUCCGUGUACGCUGUGUUAACGGUACGGGUGACAGCGGCCGAUUGCACCAGCUGUUCGUCGACAGUUUUGUCCAACACUCGGAACAUGGCUAUAUGGCGGACAACCCGCUGAACUGGCACCUGGACCACAGUUUUUACUUCACGGUUGGGCAGUCUGGGCUGGUGCGGUUUGUCCACUACCAACCUGAGGAGCUGUAUGAGCUACUCUCCCUCAAGAAGGUGCUCGCUUCCACCCUCACCACACAUGUACAGAUUGGCGAGGGUCCGUCCUGGCAGUAUGAUUCGGAGGAGGAGGACCACGCAGGUACCCUUGAUCACCGGUACCAGGGCAAGCGACUGAUGGACGGGGUGAAAUUGGUCAGAAGUCACCAGAGCCUCACUGACGUUCACCGGCUGCAUCAUAAGACAGUCCACAUGGAUACACGACUGACCCCUCAACACGUGGAGCUCCUUGACAACAUAACGCUCCAGCACACGCCCAACAGAGUGACCUCACGGACACUUGAAGGAGCAGCCGAGGUUGAAGAAGAUAUGUCUGGAGAGUUUCCGAAGAUUUCCUCAAUUUCUAGAAGCAGGGUAAAACUGAUGGUCAAAAGCAAGCACUACGCGCCAUCCACGCCCCACGCGUUUCAUGAGAUGCACCAGGAUUCCAUCAGCGUCAAGCAAAGGCCCCAAGUGAAGAUCCCGUUGAAAGAAGCGGAGAAGGACAUCCAGGGUUAUCUGAAAUGUAUCCACGCCAUCGAGAACAAGUACGACCGGAACCGUACCGAGUGCGUGCACAAACUAAGAACACUAGUGCAUUCUUUGGAGCGUGACGACUUCCUGAGGUUUGGACAGAGCGCGUUGUCCAAGGAAUGCCCGGAAAACCACACACUAUGUGCCGACGAGAGGAACCUCUUCAUAGACCUGAUAGCACGAGAGGGCAGUGCGGACGCCCAGUUGCUGGUGCUGGAACUGGUCAUGUUGAAGCCGAACGCGACCGAGGACGACUUGAGGAGGUGUCUGUUUCACGCCAUCGCCAUACAGUCACCAGUGCAGGAGCUUGUCCAAUACGUAGAAGCACUUUGCUUUGAAGAAGAAAACACUAUUCCUGGAGACACGCCAACGCUGACGAAGACUCGGAAGCGAGCUUGUCUGUCUCUCGGUGCGAUGGCAAAGUCCCUGCACGACAACAACCUCACCGAGUCUGACCGCAUCGUGGAGAGAAUUGAACACUGGUUGAACAUCCACAAUGAGAGCAAAUCUAUGGAAAUCGUUAAACCAAGGCGAAAGCGGUCAAUCAUUCAACACGAUAUACCUGCGAGAAAGCACAUUGAAACUAAGACCAUUCUAAUCCAGUCCCUUGGAAACGCUGGAAAGACGCGUUCAUUACGUCACAUCCGGUCUUAUAUGGUACCAAAUGCUGGUGUUACAGCGUGGAGAAGGGCUGCUAUUCAUAGUUUGAGGCACUUCACCUGCAAUGAAAGCGCCGAAGCAUUGGUAAAAAGUAUUAUCCACGACAGUGACGAGGUUGUUCGGCAAACCGCGCACACUGUGCUGACCAAACACCCGAAAGCAACCGACAAGAACUUCACUUUGCUACAGGAGCCGGAAAUAAUCAGUAAAAACUACACAUACCCGAUCGUGAGUCGAGCCAGGAGAAGCCUGCUUCAGACGUUGGAGCAGGGAAUCCAUGUGACCAUUAAGCCUCCCGGUAUUGCGUGGUCCAAAACGCUUGGAAACAGCAACAUCGGAGCAAGCUUCGGGCUAAUCAUAAACAACACUCUCGACCUAAAACUUUCGUUGUUGAGAGGGCACUUUAUGGUUGACGUUUAUGACCACGCCUGGGCCGAGGCCCACGUGGGGCUGAUCGGCUUCGAUGUAGACAUUGUAAAGGCAUACGUCUGUUUCAAAGGUCAUAUUGGCUAUGACCUGAACGUUCUCAAGGAUUUUGGUAUCAAUAGCCUGUCUGACCUGGUGCACAUUUUUGACAAAAUCGUCAAAACGAUUGUAGAUCCUAUCACAGAUGCUAUUUCAAACUUCAGGAAAACCAUAACUAACUUCAAAGAUGGGAACAGUUUAAAACAAACUGUCAAUUCCUUAGUCGAUAUUGUGAAGCAUCUACCAACCAAACUCGGUGAUGUUGCUACCAGAAUGAAAGAAUUUGUGAAGGAUUUAUUUAGUAUAAGCGGGAACGCUGUCAUUGACGAAAUUAAGGCCAUCGUGAAAGAGGUCAGGGAUUUCAUUGAUGGAAUUUCCCAAGACGCUCUCAAGUUUUACAACGAUGUCGUAGAUUCUGUAACAAUGGCGCUCCCGUACAUCGCUAAGAAAAUAGUAGACGCAUUCAAUUCAAUCGUCGAGGCCGUUUUAAAGCUCUUCACCAACCCAAUUCAAGCAAUCACCAGCUUGUCCACGGCUGUUCUUGAUAUCAAAAUGGCGAUCACAAUGGUGGUGGAUGUAAAAAAUACGAUUGUUGAUGCCUGUAUGUUUAUUAAAGGAAGGGUCACUGAGUGGAUAUCAAUGGCAAAGAGAAUCCCAUCGAUUCUGAACCGCCUGAUGGAAACUUUCAAGAAACUGACAAAUUCCAUCAAAAACGGUGGAAAGUCAAUCGGGAAAGAAACAAAAUCUCUUGUUAGUGACGGCGUCAAUCAAGUUAAAGGAUCAUUACACGACCUUCAAAUGGACCUAAAAGCUAAAUGGGAAAAUGUUUUCGAACCUCUUCAAACCCUGAUUGACUUUGUGGCACCUUUCGUUGAUACAUUCAAAUCCAUCAUGGACGCAAUACAUGAAAUCAAAUCGGGAUACACGACGAUAAAAAAGACCGUCGAGAUCAGCAAGUCGUAUGUGCAGAAGGUGUUCGGACCAAAAUUUCAUCGCGAUUUCCCCACAACCCCUCGUGGCAAGUUUGACGACUGCCCUGAUGGUGUUUGGCCAACCACAGCUAAUGGCGCCUACGACACUACCGGUGUUGACCUCAAACUUGGCGUGGGACAAUCGAUAAAGAUGCCAGUGAACGGAAUCUUGAAAAUAUUCAAAGACGACAAGAAAGUUGUAAUUCAACCGAAAGACCCUGAAUUCGUUGCUUUAGAAAUCGUGAUCGAGAAUAUUGACGCUAACCAAUCAAUGCACGGUCAAAGUGUUGAUGCGGGGAAAAAGAUCGGCAAAGCCACAACUGCUCGUUCGUGCAAACCACGAAAAUUAGACAUAAUAGUGAAGGAAGCAGACGAUCAAUCUCAGGAUGGAAAUCAGGCGAAUACAGAUAAGCUGCUCGAGAUAACUAUAGGAGAAGCUAAACCUCUGAAACAAAGCGACUGGCUGUCAAAAAAAGCCUCCGAAGGGAAAAACUAUAUUCACGUAUCAGUCCGUCCGUCCCAAGGAGAUAAAAAACGUCUAGAUGCUGAUUACGAUUACACCGACCCUUCACCGUUCCUGGACAGAAUUGUCCCUAUUCCGAAAUGGAUUCAGGAGUGUAACGACCACGAGUUUAGAUAUAUUGGGCAGACCUUUGAAUCAGGUGAGACAGUGGAGGGCGAGGGUCCCGAUACAAAGGAAGAGCCGAUCAUCAGAGGUCGGGAGCCAGACACGGACGCGCUUGAUGCCAUGAUGGAGGACGAGGACUCGAUUUAUAGACAUGAUGUCCCAGAACUUUACGACCCUUCGUCGUUCAGUGAUAGUUUGAAGAAAAGUUUGAAGGAACAGGCAAAAAAGUUCGCAGAAUUCUUUAAAACGGCGCUUUUUGGAGAGAAUGGCCCAGAAGUACCAAACAUUCUUGAGAUUGUUGAUGUAAAUGGCAAGACGGUUGAUUGGAUCAUAAACAAAUUGAGUAAUACAUCAGUUAUUGGAAAGAAGUUCCUCAACAUUGUACACAGUUUGGCGUGUGCGAAACGCUCUGAACCGUUUGAGGCAGCAUUAACGAUGACAACUAACACUAUGCUCACGUACCUGAAAAAUAAUGAUGCACACUUUGAUUUCGGUGGGUUAAACUUUGGCCAAUCAGAAACAGACGAAACAGGAAAGCGUGAUGAAAUUUUGAAAUUCGGGGAUCCUGGUCAAAUGACGCUUACUAUGGUGUCUUUACCUGAAAAAAUUUGUCCUGCAUUCAAGGAUAAAAUUGCCACAGGAUUCGGCCACAUAUGUUUUGUCCAGGACGACUGUUUGGGUCUAAGUUGUAAUGUACCAUUCUCUUCUGGUGCAAAAACAAUAAUAGUACAUGCUUCAAUCGCACUGAAGCCUUCAGACAUGACACUCGUGGUAGAAAUAAUGAACCACACUCAUACACUUCGACCAGAUGGUACGGACGUAAACAUAGAUCUUCAAAGUAAGCUGUUUGGAAUGAAUCUCUACUUUGUCGGCAAUGUGCGAUUAUAUGAGGGCACAUUUCACCUCACAGCAGAAUUUAAACUUUGUACAGACCUCUUUGCGGCAUGUCUUUCGCCGAUUGAACUGUUUCAUGACAUACAUUUUAUUCCAAAUACUAUCAGACGUACACGAGCCACUGGAGGAUGUCAGGAUGUUCAUAUUUGGCAACUUCCGGUUCCAAUAUUCAUGAUGCAGCUUAGUGAGUUCGGCCUUAUGAAUCGGGAAGUGACCCAAACACUUGAACAAGUCAGACAUACAGUCCUUGAGGAGCUGAUGAAAGAAGUACGUUCCAAACUUGCCGAUGCAGCAACAGAGUUUGCAAACAAGAUAGACUUUUGUGUAAGCGCGGACAAUUCUGUUCCACAUGAAGAUAUACCGUUCUUCAAAUAUUCAAGUAUUUUCUUCGUCGGUCCAGUCCCACUGACGCUUGUUUUCGGGGCCGGAGGUACUGUUGGUCUCAGGGUGACGGUUGGACUGUGUGUGGUCAGCAUGACAACACAGCUUACCCUUACGCCAUCGGUGGGAGGGAAAGUGUGGGGCGAUGCAAGUGUUUACAUUGGAUUUGCCAGAGGCGGUAUUGCACUGGAAGGCUAUCUCAUGGAGACAAAGUUUCCUAUUCUUACAGAGAUUGUGUUCUCCAAGUAUCCUCUGGACGUAGGAGCGAAAAUGGAUUUAACUCUUACCCCAUUGCGACUUACACUGACGGGAUAUGCAAGACUCAACCUGUUAUUUACAACAGUAACUGUGUUUGAGGGGACAAUUUGGGCAUACGCAGUUCCUACAAUUAACAAGAAUAUUUUCCACAAAAAGAAACGCGACGACGACCCGUCCCCUCCUCAUAUUCAGCCUUUAACUGUUAAUGAACGCAGAAGACGUUCCGGCUCAGAAGGCUGUCUGGUACAGCAGAUUUUCAAUCGCCCGUAUUACGAUCCGGCAUUUAAAUUAGAAAUGUACGCACAGGACGAAGUCAGUGAAACGAAGCUGUUUUACGCAAUUGGUACAGACAAAGGAGGUACAGACGUGCAAGACUGGACUAAUAUAGGAGGUAAUUCCUUGAUGGUUCCAGCAAAGAUUCCGGGAGGUAUUCCAAUAUACUGGUCAGUGAAAGCUAAGAAUAGCCAAGGCCUUGAGGCUAUUGUUCAAUGUUCGUUAAACACCUAUGACAACACACUAACAGACGGCAGAGUAGAACAUGCAUACAUGUUUUCAUCCCAUCCUUCAAAGAUGAUCGCUUCAGUUGUAGCUUUUGAUGACAGUCCGCUCAAGGAAAUACAGUAUAAAGCAGUCGGAUUUAGCCCAGGAAAAUUUGGUUCCCAGUUUGUUGGAUGGGAAGAAGUACGUCUGGACCAUUCAUCACCGAGAAAAGGCGUGUCAGGUCAGCUACAGCACUUUAAUUACCCAAGGGAAGGGAAGCUCGUCGCUUACAUUCUGCAAACAACGAAGGUCCGGACACCAGAACUUUGCGCCAUAGCUUGCAUAUCGUACGGAUACAACUGUGUUUCAUUUGAUUACGAAUACCAUUCGGAAACAUGCGACUUGCACGAUAUUGUUGAAGGGGCAAAUGCCUAUUUAAGAAUCAGUGGAACAUACAGCAACUAUGAACGUCUCGGUAUUGGUUAUCACGUAACGCUAGAGUAUGAUAACCUGCCGUUAUCACACGGUGCGCAGUAUUUUGUUAAUGUUCAGGUCAACAACGUUCUGGGCUACCAAUCUUUCCUUCUUGGCGAGGGAACCCUCGUAGAUUUUACACCACCCGAACCAGGCCUGAUUAUGAAUAACAAAACGGAUUAUUUGAAAGCUGAUAGGUGCAAUGCAUCUGUCGCACAGCGCUGUAACGAAGUCACAUGGAAGGCUAAUCACAGAAUUAUCGUUGACGGUCCGGGAUCAGAAACAGUGUUUAAUGGACAUGAACCACUUAAGGACGAGCUAUUUACGCUUACCAAUCACUACGUCUCAGCUAACUGGAAGGGAUUUCGCGAUGAUGAAAGCGGUAUUUGGGGACAUACAUGGGCAGUAGGGAGAAAUAUCUGCAGUUCUGAUGUGAUUAAUUUUGAAAACCCAUAUGCUCAUCUGACGGACAAGAAAUUUUGGACAGAUUCAGCAUUUCACAAGAGCAUACAUCUUACCGAUGGCCGAUACUAUAUCACUGUUCAAGCACUGAACGGCGCAGACUUGGGCGGGUCAUUAGUUACAACAGUUUGCCAUUCGACUCCUUUCAUCGUCGACACUACGCCGCCAAUAUUCCAAAAAGUGACUGACAUUAUAUAUGAUGAAGACUUUGAUUUGAUUGCAAUCUAUUAUAAUGCCACUGAUGAACUUAGUAAAAUUGCACACGCCGAGUUCGGCCUUGGGAAAACGAAGUAUGACGUUCAAUUGAAGCCGUACGGUCUACAUGCACCCAUGGAACGAGAGGACCCAUUUGUAGCAGUCGAGGAUUUAGGACUACAGGAGGGUGUCCCAGCAUGGAUCAGGAUUAGGGUUACAAACAAUGUCGAACUUUUCACUGCGGGCCAUGGCGAAGAACCAAUUUUAAUUGACAAGUCACCGCCAAUACCCGGUAAUGUUAUGGAUGGAGAUCGUUUGCGAAAAGACAAACAGUUUCAAGCAGAUGACCAUAAGAUUUGUGCACAGUGGAUUGACUUUUACGAUCCAGAGUCGGGCAUUGAUAGGUUUUUGUGGGGUGUUGGCACAUCUCCGCAGAAGGAUGAUAUUGUGGCGUUCCACAAUCUAACACGUUACGACAAAUCCAGCUGUUCCCCUGCUAGCCUACAACACAACGACAUCUACUACUCCACAGUGUUAGCUUACAACAAUGCUCUCAAUUCAAAAGCAUCGAACAGCUCUUCAGAUGGAGUGCUCGUUGACACAACACCGCCACUAGCAGGGAGUGUUUCAGAUGGAAAAAGAGGAGACCCGGAGCAGAAAUACAGUUCAGAAACAGUGUCAAAAUUUGCAAACUGGCAUGGCUUUCAUGAUCCAGAGAGCGGCAUACAGAACUACAGAGUAGACGUGUUCAUAAACAAUGAACACAAACAGUCGUUUGAGACAGGAGCUGAAGACCAGUUUGAAGACCAUACCAUUUCUAUGGAACACAGAGACAAUGUUAACUUCAAAGUUCAUGGAGUAAACGGUGCUGACCUGGAGGUAGAUGCAGAUAGCGACAGUUUUCAGGUUGAUCUUACCCCUCCAACCAUGACGGAAAUCUCAGAUAACUUAAAUGGCCAAAAUUACCAAAGUGAUAACUCGUCUCUUAGUUUGACAUGGAACUUCCAAGAUGAAGAAUCCGGUAUUAAUUUCUACAGAGUCACCAUAUUUGAGAGUGAAUUUGGCACAAAAAAUGUAUACUGGCCGAAAAAUGAAACAAUGGAUUACAACGAAACUAAACCAGUAUCUGCCUAUAAUGGACUCAUGCAUGUAGUGCUAGAUAAUCUUUCGCUGAAGGAUGGGUACAAGUAUUCAUUGCGUGUUACUGCUUUUAAUGGUGCGAAAUUGUCAACAUUACAUGAAACACAAGGCUGUACAAUUGAUGCGAGUUCACCCGAACCUCCAAAUGUCCACAUAGGUUUACCAAAAGAUGACGAAGAACUUGAUGACGACGGAAAAAAUGUUGUUCACAGUGACCAGAACGGGAUCCGUGCAAGCUGGAACGGCCGUGAUGCACAAAGUGGUAUUGUGACGUAUCUUGUUGCCAUAGGGACAGUAGGGACAGAAGCAUCAGCAGAAUCCAUCCUACCGUAUACUGAUUUUGGGAAGGAGACUACUGCAUAUAUCAACAACAUAUUCUUCACUCCAUCAGAAGGGAAUGGUACAUCAACUAUCUACAAAGUUUCUGUUAAAGCUAUAAAUGGGGCUGGCUUAACAUCUUUAGCAGGUGAGUCAAACCCUAUAUUCGUGCACAAAGCAAAUGUGCCUGGUAUUGUCUUUGAUGGAAGAAACCUUUACGAAGAUGAGGCAUUCACAAUCGAUUACACGUCGAUUGCAGCGUCUUUCUAUGGCUUUGAAAGUGAUUCCUGCGAUAUAAUCGGUUAUGACUGGGCGAUAGGAACGACAGAGUUUGGAACGGACGUGCUGUCCUACACUGAUUUCGGCUUAGUUAUGAAUAAUAAAAGUCACGGACAAUGCCAAAUUCAUACUGAAUUGUUCGAAGAUGUCACGUAUUACAUCUCUGUCCGUGCAGUUUUAGGAUGUCACGAAGAAUACAUCGUUUCAUGUUCGGACGGUAUUACAUUAGAUCGCAUUGCUCCAGCUGUUACAUUUGAAAUUGACACUGACACAAACAUUUCAACCAUCAAUAACGUGAUGUAUCAAUCAACGACGGACUCCCUUGGCAUCACCGGUAACACAACAGACAGAAACGGUGUAUCUUUAAUCGAAUGGAGUCUUGGAACACUUCCUGUCCUUGGUGACAAACAUCAAUUUUCUGGAGAUUUGUCAGCAUUGACAAGUGUUUUAGCUCUCGUUCCUGGCGAGGCAGUGUUCUUAACGGCACAUGCUGUUGAUAAAGCAGGUAAUCAGAAUAUUACAUCGUCACUGCCAUUAAUUGCCGAUAAAACAUCUCCAAUGAUGAAGGAAUUUGACUGCACCAAUUACAUCUCCACACGCAAAAGCUUGGUUACCUGCAGCUGGCUUACAGUGAUUGAGGAGGAAAGUUUGAUAAGCGAUAUAAAGAUAUCAAUUGGCUCAAACAGCACAUACUUUGACAUACUUGACAAGUACGAACUUCACAGAAGCGCUUACAGCUUCACACGAGAUCUGUUUGAUCACAUUAACCACAUACAAAAUAUGACAAAUGUUUAUAUUUUGGUCACCGUCAGCAACGUUGUUGGACUGUCGAAAUCUUACGGCUGGGAUGUGAUUGUUGAUUUAACUCCACCUACAGCGGAGAGCCUCGCCGUGGUUACAAGCACGAUUCCUGGUGUAAUCAAUGAUGCUCAUCAGCAAUGUCAGAUACCAAGGGGAUAUGUUGAAGUUAAACUUAACGACUUAAAAGACAAAGAAUCAGGAAUCGAUGAAAACAGAUAUGAACUUGCUAUUGGAAAUUCAGUGUUUGGAUCAAAUUACCUUGCAUAUACGGCAGUUGAAAAAUCUGUGGAUGGAAUUUUCUUCAUUGACGGUUUCUUUUUGCCAUCUGAUGUGGCUUUCUACGCAACAAUGAGAAUACACAACAAAGCAGGUCUGAAAACGGAGGUUUCAUCUAAAAGUGUCGUUGUAAGUCAAACGCCUUACUUGACCGUCAUGGAUGGUGAUCAAGACGAGGACAUUGAUUACCAAUCAGUACCGAAUUUGAUACAAGGCACUUGGAAAUAUACAGACGCCUGUCCGAUUACCGAAGCAAAGUGGUCUGUAGAAAACCUAGCCGGCAGGGUCUUGUUCGACUUUAUUCCGAUACCGAAUGCUGGUCAGGUUUUUUUUAACGAUGAGGUUCAAUUAGAAAACGGCAUGAAGUAUAUCGUAACCGUCCAGACAAUUGAUGCACUGGGCAGGAAAAAAGUGGCUCGGUCUGAUGGAGUUUCUAUUCGAAUACAACCUCCACUUCCGGGAUCCGUCCGAGAUGGAUUGGAUUUAGAUCUAAAUUAUCAGUUUAGUACAACGGAACUUUCGGCAAAUUGGGACAAAUUUGGUGAUGGGUCGAUCGAUCCGACUCAAACCAUAACUCGAUAUAAGGUAGCCAUAGGAAACGAUAGGCGAUAUUCAAAGACACGUUCCAAUGUUCAUUACUUUGCAAAUGUUGGUUUGAAUACUUCCUAUACGUUUACAAGCCUCAACUUAACGUCGAAACUUGUUCGCUAUUACAUCACAGUUCGAGGAUACAGUCAAGCUGGUGGAUUUAUAGAGGGAUACAGUAAUGGAAUACGUGUUGGGUUUGACGAUGAUAUUCGACCAGGAAGUGUCUCAAUUAACAAAUACCAAGCUUCUACAAAUAAAAUGUCAGUUUCUUAUAAUGGAUUUCAGUCUGAUAUUGCAAUAAUUGAUUAUAAAGUUGCAAUAAGCAGUCACAAUGAGAUAAUUGCAAACGAUACAGUAAAAUGCAUUGAUAUAACGAAGAAUUCAUCCAUGUACGAUGCCAGCAAUUUACAAAGUUAUGGCUUGAACGAAUAUGUGGAAAUUGAUGGACUGCAAUUAGUACAUGGCGGCCAGUACUAUGUAACAGUCGUAGCUGAGGACGAAGCAGGAAUGUGCAUUGCACUUACGGGCGGCCCGAUCCUAAUUGAUACGACUCCGCCACAAAAAGGACAUUUGCUGAUUAAUGGUAUUGAUCCUACAACGGUUGUCUACCUUAGACUUCAUUCUUAAAUAAAUGUCGAAUGGGAUGGAUUUGCGGACAGCGAUUCAGAUAUUCGAUCUACGCAUGUAAAAUUGUUUGAAUGUAAUACAUGCCUAAAUACAACACUUACAAGUGAUUCAUGUUACAUAAUAGAUGAAAGUUUGGUUUUAAACGACGCAAAAACAGCCUUUUAUGAACUUGACUUAUAUCCUGAAAAGGCAUAUUACAUUGGUUUAGAAGUCACAAAUGGAGCUAAUUUGAAAACAACCUCUCAGAGUUCAGUCGUACUGGUUGAUGAAUCCCCACCAUUAUCAGGUCAAAUUAAGAUAACAAAGGACUGGAAGGGCGUUACGACAUUCCAACAUUCAACUUCAUCGUUAUCAGGUUUUGUCCCUAUUGCUAUGACUCAGGAAGAUUAUCUGUGUCCAAAUCAAUUAAGGUAUUUUCCGGUACAUGGGUCAGAUAGGAUGAAAAAAUUUCUUGAUGAAUUCAGCGAUGACUUUUUAGUAAUCAAUGUCACUGGUGCAUACAUGGGUAUUGGCUACAAUUCAGAUCUCUCAGGUAUGACGAGGACUGGUAUUUUAUCAGAAAAGAUGCCUUUACAAAAUGGGAAUUAUACAAUAAGUUUAGGGGCUGCUACCGGAACUAUGAUUAUUACGACAUUUGCUAUAAUAACUGAUCCAGUUGCAAUUUCAUAUGAAGUUUCAGACAAACCUGUCGAAGUCUUUUUUGACUUAAAUGCUUUCGAUAACAUAACCGGACUUGAAGCAGAUAAUUCCGCUGACUUUGGAAAUUCAAGUUCAACGACAACAUCAACGACUCCAAUGCCGGGAACGUUUAAACCAAAUAAUGAAACAGGACAAGGGAUGGCUGAUUUUGAGGCUGAAGAAUACGGCUUUGGGAUUCACAUUCUUGGAUACAAAAUGGGCGAUAAUGAAUACUAUCACCAUGUGUUUUGGGCUAAAAGCAAAUUUAAAAAAGUCAAUAGAUGGUUUCAAACGACGAAACAUCCAGAUCAAAUUAACGAGUAUAUCGUUAAUGUCAGGAAAAGUUAUGAAUACCUAACAGAAACUGUAGAUCUGUUAUUGAUUGUUGACGGCGACGAAAAGGUAAGCCUGUCCGGUUUCAACUUUUAUGGAGAUGUAAACCUGGCAGCGCUCACUUGGAAUGAAGACAACUACAUGCCUCCAUUAAAUAUCUACCAGCCAUUUUAUUCCGACGCAGUUUUACGAGCAAUAGAUGUACCAGAUAAUCGGGACAAGCUGUGCCGCUAUGGAAGAGCAUUUUAUGACGGAGAAAGCGGGAUAAAAGAAUUGUGGGUUGGUGUUUCUGAUAAUAUCAAAGAAAUGGGCAAUAUUCUCCCUCUGUUUUUGUUUAAGAAAUUUUGCUUUCCUUGCAUCAAACCAUGCGAUCAUCUCUGCCGUGAAUCAUGUACAGAUGAAAAACUUUCGGAUGGUUUUAAUCUUGUUCCAAUUGAACUGAACGGGUUGGACAUGGACAAAGUCGAUAUAAAUUCUAUGUGUGAAAAUAUUACGAGUAAGGUUUCCUGCAACAGUACAUCUUAUUAUAUCAAUGCAAAGCUUGUCAACUUUGCAGGAGAAGAAACUACUACAGUUUCAAAUUCCAUACAAAUCGAUACAACGCCACCAAAAUGCUUCUAUGUUAAAUGUACUGAUCCGGAAUACAAUGUAGACCAACCAACAGAAUAUUUAGGUUCAAGCUCAACGAUUGGGGCUUAUUGGAAUUGUACAGAAAUGGAAAGUCUGAUUGUUCGACAUAAGGUUGAGGUUGUAGACAUAACAAAUGGCAACAUUGUAAUGAAUACCACAGAUGUCGGGCUUAAAACCAGAGUACGCUUAAAUCUUGUAAAUGGUACGUUUGAAGAUGGAAACGACUAUAUGGUCAGAUUGACUGUAUUAAACAGUGCUGGGCUAACGUUGAUGUCCUCGUGCAAAGUCCAUGUGAACCUUUAUCCACCAGACGUAUCUGCUGUUGAUUCGGAACCUUUAUACACGGACGGAACCACGCCAUCGAUGAAUAUGCCUUAUUGGACUGAUUUCCAAACCCAGAUCGGUAUGCACUGGUCUGGAGGGACACCUGAUACAGAGUUUUAUGAAUGGCAGGUGGGGACAAGCCCAGAUGGAUCAGAUUUGUUCCCCUCUUCCAAAGUAAGCAUUAACUCUACUGGCUCCGCAGCCAUUGUACAUGGCAAAGUACAUUACAACAGCAAGUACAUCAACAAAACUGUGUUUGAAUAUCGCAACAUGACCAAUAAGACGUUGGAACAAAUUCAAAACCUUACUUCGGCCAGUGAACAGGAGAAGUCGUUCUUUAAUAUGGAGCCAGGAAGAUGCUACUAUCAGUCUCUAUAUGCGAGGGGAUAUUCACACCUUACUAGUAAAAUCAAGGAGAGGAAUGUUUGCGUUAAAAGAUCUGGAGAUGCAUAUUUGGAUGGUAAAGUGGUUAUGAGGGCGUACAAGAUGAAGUCAUCGACAUCUUGGGUCACAUCAGACCCUAUGGCAGCCCCAGACAUAAUUGUUGACGCACGUAUAUUUGGAGGCGGCUUGACAGUAGGAACAAUCACGCAGUCGGACCAGGAGGACGUCUACGGCAGCGCGGCCACAAUGGAUUACAAGCCGUACAUUUCCAACAUACAAACCACACUGGGACAAACAUCGAGACUCUUGCGGAACAGAAUACAGCGUCUUUGCAACGUGACCUUCUUCCUGGCGCCGUCGCCGGUUGCAGAGGUUACAGAUAUCGCUAUCAACAUGACAUUGCCAGUGGGAUGUGAGAAGGACUCGACAUACCAGCCUGCGCUUAUAUAUUGGGACAAAGAUGAAGAACAAUGGGUUCAUAUCGACGAAGGCUGCAAUGAGUACUUGUCGGCAAUCGUCCAAUCGUCAAGAUAUAAUUCAACGAUAUGUGGCUCCAUGAGAAAUAAUUCUUCCGUUCGAAAACGUCGUGAGACAUCAUUUGAAAUCAAUGCUCCAAGACAAUACAAUCUUGUUAGAAUAGCCAAAACGUACCAAAACUCACCUCCAAAAAUUGUCACUGACAAUGUCUACUUUAUUGAAGAUAUAACGGGAGAAUUUGACAUAAAAACAUCUGAUGCAGAAGACGAUGUUCUCAGCUUCAGAAUUGUAGACAAGCCAAGCAAUCUUGACUGUAAUAUAACCUCCACCGGAAAACUUAAAUGCAUUCCUGAACCAGACUUUUAUGGCGAGGAUACAGUUACGGUUGAAGUCACUGAAUCGGGACUUCCAUCUUUUGAAGAGCCUAACUCAGAGAAAAGGACAUUAAGAAUUGACAUACAGGAUGUUCCAGACAAAACUGAACGUUUCUUUUUAGACUUGAAUGAAACUUGGCAUGCUGAAAAACGACCAUCCAUGAAGCAUACAAUCAUAACAAAUGCAAACCGGUCUUCUUCACUUUUUGUUGGAAAGAUCAUUCUCGCUGACGUAGAUGGCGGUGAAAAGUUUACAAACAUUCCACGAUUUACGUCUCUUGGAAAUUCCACAUUUUCACUGAACGCCAGUGAUCUAGAAUCAAUUCCAUUUGAAAACUACACUACCAAACAUUAUCGGUCAAAGGCAGCCUAUCACGUUGAUUUUGAAUUCAGUCCCCUCCUUCAAGGAAAAAUGGUCCUAGAUUUUAUAGCCCAGACAGAGGACUCAAGUUAUACCCCCGGGGUAACGAUCAGUGUGUUUGUCUUGGAGAAUCCUUGUAUCCAUGGUUACUGUAACCACCCAACACUGGGAGAGGAUGCAUGUAAUGACACAGCCCGCUCUGAUUCGUUUGUUGGGUAUGAGUGCGUGUGUUAUCCAGGCUACAAAGGUGAGUGGUGCCAGACGGAAAUCGACGAGUGUGCACAUGAACCCUGCUCCACCCUGUACGAUUGCGAGGACCUGGUCAAUGAUUACAAAUGUAACAUCAACAUACCCAAGCUGAUGGCGGUCAUCAUUUGUCCUCUUCUUUUCAUGAUACUGGUCGUUUAUUUGCUGAGGAGGCUUAUGAUGAAGAUCAGAUACAUGAAGUUGUCCAGGAGCAGAGUUGGACUGAUGGAUGAAGGUACCCAGAAAAUCUAUGAAGCCGGGGAGAGACCACGAACCGCUGCUUCUAUUAACCUGCAAGAGCCAGCGGCUACAGACAUGGUGGUAAACACAAAGUGGCAGAAUAACAGAGCUUUUGAAGAGAUGGACGAAAGCACAGCCAAUCCGCUCUUUGGUCCAGGCAUAGCAAUGCCUCCGCACCAUCGAAAAUUCAUUGAUGAAGACGAUUCCCCAGACCAUGCUAUAUUCGCGAGAGCGCUUGCACUGCCUGAGUCGAAACCGGGCAAGUUCUCCGCUGAUGAGUUAAACGAAUCAUCUAGAGAGCAGCUAAAAUCAUUCAAGCAGUUCGCAGUUGAAAAACUCAUCGAAAACGAGCCAUCUGGUCCGGCGAUCGAAGAAAUGUCAGCAGUGGCUGCAAAACCAGUGAAACGUCUUCCGCCGCUGAAGACGAAUGGCAAAUCAUCGAUACCUAGAGCUACGCUUAAGCCGCUUAGUCACGACGCUUUCGGUGAAUUGGUGGAGAAGCUAAAGAAGGAGUCCACCAUGACAGACAUUAAUGUUUAA